CGGCAGAGGGGGCUGCGGCGUCGCAGGGCGAGGCGCUGACGUGAGUUCGGCGCACCUGAAUCGGGCAGGUAAGGGCUGGUGCGGGACUGGGAGCGGAGCUCAAAGACUCUACUGCGCAAAGCCUGGUGUUGCUUGCCCAGCCGGUCAAGGAAAGCGGUGGCGGUGGGUGAUCUUAACUGGGGACGUGGUUCGGAGGGACGUCUGCUUCUGGUCGCCGGAUUGAGAAAAGAGUCUUUGGCUGGCCCAGAGAAAGGAAAGCUGACUCCAGGCCCAGCUCUUAGGAUCCCCACGGAUACACUGCCUGCUCAUCUCUAUCAUGGCCCUCCACCCCCGCAGAGUUCGGCUGAAGCCCUGGCUGGUGGCCCAGGUGGAUAGUGGCCUGUACCCCGGGCUCAUCUGGCUACACAGGGACUCCAAGCGCUUCCAGAUUCCCUGGAAACAUGCCACCCGGCAUAGCCCCCAACAAGAGGAGGAAAAUACCAUUUUCAAGGCCUGGGCUGUGGAGACAGGGAAGUACCAGGAAGGGGUGGAUGACCCUGACCCAGCUAAAUGGAAGGCCCAGCUCCGCUGUGCUCUCAACAAGAGCAGGGAAUUCAACCUGAUGUACGAUGGCACCAAGGAAGUACCCAUGAACCCAGUGAAGAUAUAUCAAGUGUGUGACAUCCCCCAGCCUCAGGGAUCAAUCAUUAACCCAGGAUCCACUGGAUCUGCUCCUUGGGAUGAGAAGGAUAAUGAUGUAGAUGAAGAAGAUGAGGAAGAUGAGCUUGAUCAGUCACAACACCAUGUUCCCAUCCAGGACACCUUCCCCUUCCUGAACAUCAAUGGUUCUCCCAUGGCACCAGCCAGUGUGGGCAACUGCAGCCCUGAAGCAGUGUGGCCCAAAACUGAACCUCUGGAAAUAGAUGUACCCCAGGCACCUAUACAGCCCUUCUAUAGCUCUCCAGAGCUGUGGAUCAGCUCUCUCCCAAUGACUGACCUGGACAUCAAGUUUCAGUACCGUGGAAAGGAAUAUGGGCAGACCAUGACCGUGAGCAACCCCCAGGGCUGCCGGCUCUUCUAUGGGGACCUGGGUCCCAUGCCUGACCAAGAGGAGCUCUUUGGUCCUGUCAGCCUGGAGCAGGUCAAGUUCCCUGGUCCAGAGCAUAUCACCAAUGAGAAGCAGAAGCUGUUCACCAGUAAGCUGCUAGAUGUCAUGGACAGAGGACUGAUCCUGGAGGUCAGCGGUCAUGCCAUUUAUGCCAUCAGGCUGUGCCAGUGCAAGGUGUACUGGUCUGGGCCAUGUGCCCCAUCGCUUGUUGCCCCCAACCUGAUUGAGAGACAAAAGAAGGUCAAACUAUUUUGCCUAGAAACAUUCCUUAGUGAUCUCAUUGCCCACCAGAAAGGACAGAUAGAGAAGCAGCCACCAUUUGAGAUCUACUUAUGCUUUGGGGAAGAAUGGCCAGAUGGGAAACCCCUGGAAAGGAAACUCAUCUUGGUUCAGGUCAUUCCAGUGGUCGCUCGGAUGAUCUACGAGAUGUUUUCUGGUGAUUUUACACGGUCCUUUGACAGUGGCAGUGUCCGCCUGCAGAUCUCAACUCCAGACAUCAAAGAUAACAUCGUUGCUCAACUGAAGCAGCUGUACCGCAUCCUCCAAACCCAAGAGAGCUGGCAGCCCAUGCACCCCACCCCCAGCAUGCAACUGCCCGCUGCCCUGCCAGCCCAGUAGUCACGAAUGCCAUCUUUUUUACAAUAUUGUACAUACUGGUAUUUUUUAUUAUUCAGAUUUAACCAGCUUUUAAACCUCUUCUUUCUAACAAUAUUAGUGGCCUCCAAUUCUCCACGUAUGCCUGGCUUUUCAAGUUGAUUUAAUUUAUGGAAAAAAUCACCCUUUGUAUUCUUCCUUUCUUUUUUUAAACCUCCCAAUAUUAGUGUAAUAUAGUAGAGGGAGAUUUGGCCUGGGACUUUGGACACCAGCGUUCUAGCUGCAGCUCUGCUUCAGUGGUGUGACCUUGAACCACCAAGUCAUUUAACCUCUAGGGUUCAGAUUCAUUAUUGUAAAACGAAGGGGUUGAAACAAUGCUUGAAAUAAUGCCAGUUAAAACUCUGACCUGAUGACUUCAUUCUACUUGUACAAGGCAAAACUGCCUGGAACAGAACCCCUCUGCAUUGUUCUUGCCCCGCAUUUUUUGCUUGCUUUCAUUAAAGUUCCCUCAAGCACUGAUUUGUCCAAGAUUGAUCUCCGUUUGACCUGUUCUGCUAGUAUAGUAAGCUGGCUCCCUGACGGGGUAAGUGAGAGGGAGGGGAGCUGGCUGGUUGCCUAGGAACCAAGCUUGAUAUCUAAAUAGAAAUAGGUGCCAAAGUCUGAAAGUCACCUGGUCUGUGGAGUAAAAGCUCAUAAACUGAGCUCCUAAAGGGAUCUGUCAACAGAAGGCCUAGGGACUCUGCAGAGUUGGUUGUCAGGUGUUUACCUUGCCACCACUCAAAUAACACUGUAUGUGUGGUAGAUGGGAGUAUAUGACUCAGUGGUACCUUUCAGACAGGAUAGAGCUCUUUUUCUUUUUUCUUCUUUGAGGAAGAGCUGGGGGUGAGCUGGGCAUCUAGGUUAAACUGACUAAAAAAGGGGCAGUUCCUUCUUGUUUGGAAACUUUUACAGUCUUACUAUCAUUUGGAUGUUUUGCAGUUGAAAAAUGGGGUAUUCAGGGUGAAGGAGGUUGGGGCAGUGCUCUUCUGCAGAAGGCUCAUCUGGCUCAAAUCUGCUUGACUCCCUUUUUGUGGAGGUAGCUGGGGGUGGACUACUUGGGUGAAGAGUGGUGUAGAACAUUGUAGCUAUGGCUGCCACAGACUGGUCUUAUCUAUUAACUUUUGCUCUGUCUCUCAUCUUUUUGUCCUACCCCCCAAUCUUAAAAAAAAAAAAAAAAGUAUAAUUUAAACUCCAAGACCUAAAUGGAAAGCAAGAUGUUAAUCUCUGGUAGCAGGCCCCUAAUGCUCUUGAAUACUGAUGCCUCUCUGUGCCAGGCAGUUAUAAGAAAACCCAUGUCUAGUGUGCUACCCUUAAAGUAGGCCAUCCCCUACUUGCUACUGAAGUUGAGCUAGCCAAAAUAUCAGGUAGCUUCAAAAGCCGUAAGCUCAGUUCAGUUACAGGUGGCAGUGGGACUUAUUUAGAAUGCUGAAGCUGUGGUUUUAGGGUCUCUAAGGGAUGUAGUGGGAUCUGCUGUUACUAAAGUAUGACCAAGAGAAAUCCGAGUAAAUGUCAGGUGCUCAGCUGUGAGCAGGAGUUGCGUUUCUAGAGACCAGGAAUCAUGCAAGGUAUAGAAACUUUGUGGUUUUUUGGUCAUUUUAUUGAUUGGGUAACGUGAAGGAUUUCGUUUUGGUGUCUGGCUAACUCUGUGUGUAACUGCACAGCUCAAAGUUAAAAAGAACCCACUGUAGGUAAAUUGGGGGGACAACUGCUAGAUCUGGGUAGUCCUUUUCCCUUAUGCUGUGAGAGGCUAACAGCCAGGCUUUCCAUCUGAACGGGGGUCCAGAUAAUAUGAGCUGGCAAAAGGUGAUGAGGACUGUGUUCUGAAGGGUCAAUAUGGAUCAAAGUAUAGUAUGUGACCAUAAUAAAAAGUUUAUAAAGAUG